AUGACAGGAAUGACAGGCUGUCUCCGUAUUAGAGAUCAUGCACAAUUGCACUUUUUCGGAGCUCAAAGCAGUCAUCAUCUUGUCCAUGACUUCUCGAACUCUGAUGAAAUCCGGCACAUCGUUACUCUUCAACAAAAUGGCCUACUUGCUGUCGAGCGUCUAGGACUCAACGUUUCGCUUCCUAUUGCGCUUCCAACGCACCUACUCGAACUGUACUGGAGGUGGCAGCACCCUUCAACCUAUCUGUUUCACAAGAAGUUGUUUUGUGAAGCAUUUCAAAAUCGAACUUACGGCAAGUACUGCACGCCUCUGCUUCUCUCGGCGAUUUUUGCUCUCGCCAGUCGGUUUUCAGAUCGCCCCGAGCUUCGCGCUAUGGCCAAUGAUACCGAGACCGCUGGACAAGCGUUUUUUGAACAAGCAAAAGUCCUGUUCCUCCAUGAGAGCCAGGCACCUACUGUUGCAACCAUCCAGGCAGCGGCGCUUAUGAGUCUCAGGGCUUUAUCGGAUGGUCAUGAAGCGCUAGGUUGGCUGUACGGCCGCAAUGCAACUCGAAUGGCAUUGAACUUGGGACUCAACAUUGAUUGUUCACCGUGGGUAGCCGCUGGUGUGAUUAGCGAGGACGAUGCGGAGGUGCGAAAGAUAACAUGGUGGGGUUGCGUCUACCUCAACAAGUUAGUAUUGUUCUUUGAACCUCACAAUGCCUAG